UUUUGUCAAAGUUAAUCAAAGGGUUAUAAAUGUCUUUUACCCUUCAUUAAAAAUGGGGGCAAAAGUGGUUAGUGUAAACAUAGAAAGUGGUACUUUGAAAAUGGUAUUUUUGGCAAUUUCCCAUUAUAUUUCAGAAGUUUUAAAAUCAUGAUAAAUAGUUUCAUAAAUCUUAAUACAUGGUUUUAUAACUCAAGAAAAUAAUUUAUUAUCUAUUAAUUUAUAAACUUAAAACUGAUUUAAGAAUUUUAUAAAUUAUUCUUAUGAUUAUUUGAUAUUUAAUUUUAAAUAAGUUACAAAUCUGUUAACCUUCAUAAAUGUUUUCUAAGCUCCUAUUAAUGAUGAGUAAUUCUUCAUGAUAAAUGGUUUUAUAAAUCUUUGUAACAUCUUUAAUAGAUAUUUCUAUAUUGAUUUGUAAACUCUAGUUAAUGAUACUAAUCAUUAUUGAUAAUUUAACACCGUAAAAUGAUUACCAAAUUUCUUAUAUAAUUAGAAAUUAUUAUAUAUCUUUUAUAGACCAUUAGAAAUGAAUCAAUAUAAAUGACUUUAAUUUUUUUCAAAAUAUAUAUCAAUCACCACAGAUGAUUUUAAACUAAUGUAAAUAAUUUAUAAGCUCGUUAUAUGAUGCAUAAAUGGUUAUUAUAAUUUUUUUAUUAAAAUUACAUGUUUUAUAUAUGUAUAUUAUGACUUAUAUAGGAAAAUAAAACUUUUUACGCGUGUCUAUGAAUUUAUAAUAUAAAAGUAAAGCUAAUAUAUUAGUUUUAUUAACUUUUUUUAACGACUUGCUUCAUAUAAUUUAUAAAUAAAUUAUUAGUGAAAAAAAUAAAUGAUGAGGUAUUAUAUAAAAUUUCUAUAAUUGCUACCAUUAUUUACUAUAAAUAAUUAUUCAUAAGAUUAUAAAAAAAAAUUGGCAACUAACAUUAAUUGGUUUUAGGAUUUCCUUUUUUAGAUUUGAUUAAAAUAAAUAGAAACCAAAAAUCAUAGACCAAUGAAAUUAUAAGAAUUCUUUUUAAACUCUCUAUAUGAGUGACACCUCAGCAGAAAUCACUAAAGUGACUACUCAAUUAAUAUAUAAAAUGAUUUAAAUAAAUAAAAACUAAAAAUUAUUGACCAAUAAAAUUAUAAGAUUUUUUUCUAAAUGCUUGUAUGAAUGGCACGUCAGUAGACUUCUCAAUUAAUAUAUAGGAGGAUCUUUUAAAUAUAAAAAUAUUUUAAUCAUUUUUAAAAGUGAUAACUUAUCUAUUAUAACUCAUUGUCAUUGGAAAAUGAUGAAUUUUUUAAAAAAAUUAUAUAUUUGACUGUUUUGCAUUCAUUUGAUACGUUUUUGAAUAUAUAUAUAUACAUAUAUAGAGUGAAUGAGUGAGUUUACUUAUUAUUAUUAGGUUUACAUUAAUUACUUUUCUGGAAUCUUUGAUUUAUUGUAUUCACUAUAAAUAUAAAUAUAUUAAAAACCAUUUUCUAAUUGUUUUUGUAGUAUCAUAUGUUUCUAAAUGUAUAUUAUCAAUUUAUAUAAUGUAAUCUAUGAUAUUUAAUUGUUUCCAUAAAUAAAUUAUAUUAAUUCAUCUUUAUUUAAGAUAUUUAAUUGUAUGCAUGAAAACAUAUAUUAGAUUAGGUAAUUCAAUGGUUAGUUUCCUUUUAAAAACUUUAAUUAAAUAAAUAAAAAAAUUAAAAACCUUAUAACAAUUAAUUAGAAAGUUCUCUUAUGAACGACACGUUAGCAGAAAUCACUUAAGUGACUUUUCAAUUAAUAUAUAGGGGGAUUUAAUUUUCAGUAAGUUACAAAUCUGUUAACCUUCAUAAAUGUUUUCUAAACUCCUAUUACUGAUGAGAAAUUCUUCAUGAUAAAUGGUUUUAUAAAUCUUUGUAACAUUUUUAAUAGAUAUUUCUAUAUUGAUUUGUAAACUCUUGUUAAUGAUACUAAUCAUUAUUGAUAAUUUAAAACCUUAAAAUGAUUACUAAUUUUUUAUACAAUUAUAAAUUAUUAUAUAUUUUUUACAGACCAUUAGAAAUGAAUCAAUAUAAAUGACUUUCAUUUCUUGCAAAAUAUAUAUCAAUUACCACAGAUGAUUUUAAACUAAUGUAAAUAAUUUAUAAGCUCGUUAUAUGAUGCAUAAAUAUUUAUUAUAAUAUUUUUUAUUAAAAUUAUAUGUUUUAUAUAUGUAUAUUAUGACUCAUAUAGGAAAAUAAAACUUUUUACGCAUGUCUAUAAUAGAAAAGUAAAGCUAGUAUAUUAAUUUUAUUAACUUUUUUUUAACGACAAGCUUUAUAUAAUUUAUAAAAAAAUUAUUAAUGAAAAAAAAUAAAUGAUGAGAUAUUAUAUAGAAUUUCUAUAAUUGCUACCAUUAGUUACUAUAAAUAAUUAUUCAUAAGAUUAUAAAUUUUUUUUGGCAACUAACAUAAAUUGGUUUUAAGAUUACAUUUUUUAGAUUUUAUUAAAAUAAAUAGAAAAAAAAAAUCAUUAACCAAUGAAAUUAUAAAGAUUCUUUUCAAACUCUCUAUAUGAGUGCACCUCAGUAGAAAUCACUAAAGUGAUUUUUCAAUUAAUAUAUAGGAGGAGAUUAUAUACAAUAUAAAAUGUUAUAUGUAUAUAUAUAUAUGUGUUAUGCUCGUCUGCACAUAUAUGAGAAGAACAUAUAUGAGAAGAAUGAUUAAUGUAAUCACUUCUUAAAUUGGGCUGAGCCCAUUAACCUUUAAUUUAAUUAGGUUAUUGUACGUGCAUUAUAUGACACAAGGUGUUGCUUUGAUGUUUCAGUUUGGCCGUAACCUAAAUAUUAAAUCAAAGGAGACGAAUUGUUCGUUGAGAAGAUCCUGGGGCACUAGCAUCCCGUUCCGAUCUAGUCUGUGUGCGUGUGAAUACCGGUAGAGGCACGAUGUUUGGAGUGCUUGAAACCUUGGUUGUUUUAUUUAUUGUUCCGCUGCAAAAUUUCCAGGUUAUUCUCAUCUCUGGUGAAACUGGUUGCAGGAAAACUACUCAGGUGCCUCAAUUACUCAAUAUGCUUUAGACCAUAUGUGCUCAACCAAAAGAGAAACUUGCAAAAUUGUUUGCACCCAACCUCGUCGUAUCUCCGCCAUGUCAGUUUCUGAAAGAAUAUCCUGCGAAAGAGGUGAAAGCAUUGGAGACAACAUUGGUUACAAGGUGCGGUUGCAGAGCAAAGGUGGAAGGCACUCAUCAGUUGUUUUCUGCACCAAUGGCAUUCUCCUGAGGGUGCUUGUAGGAAAAGGCUCUGUUAGCUAUGUCUCCGACAUAACUCACAUCAUUGUGGAUGAAAUCCAUGAAAGGGAUUGCUACUCCGAUUUCAUGUUGGCAAUUAUAAGGGACUUGCUUCCAUCAAAUCCUCAUCUCCGUCUGAUUCUAAUGAGUGCUACGCUUGAUGCUGAGAGAUUUUCGGGAUAUUUUGGAGGUUGCCCUGUUGUCCGUGUCCCUGGAUUCACACAUCCAGUGAGAUCCCUAUAUUUGGAGGAUGUGCUCUCUAUUCUGAAACCAGGUGGAGAUAACCAUCUAUGCUCUACCAACAUGAGUAUACCCGACCAGAAGCUUGAUUUGACUGUUGAAGCUAAACUUGCUUUAGAUGAAGCAUCCAUCUUGUUCAAAGUAAGACAUCCACGGGAAAAUUUGCCGCCUCAUCUUGGAGCUUCUAUGCAUGCAAUAGCUUGCAUUCUCUCAUAUGAUGGUCAUGUGGGAGUUUCAUCUCCACCGGAGUCUAUGGGGUCAAAACAUUCAAGGACUGAGAUGUAUGAAACUGGUGGUUGGGAAGAGAAACCAAACUCUUUCCUUAACUCUCUCUUUUGGUCUCUGAGUCUGAAAGAAAACAAGCCUUCUUCUCCACAGAGGAAUAGGAACCGUCAGCAUAGCUUCAACACGUCUCCAGCAGAAGCUUCAUCGAUGCCUAGGCAGCAAAACAAUAAUCAGAGAAAGCCCAAAUCAGCCAACAAUGCUGAUCCGGGUAAGAAGAAAGAGAAAGUGUUUGUUAGUCAGACCAAUGGGAUUCACCAACAUGACGCUGCAACUACCACUAAGCAACCGAAACAUAAAUCACCCAACAGUUUGGUCUCGGGUAACAAGAAAGAUAACAUGGCUUCUGAUCAUGUUGGUGGGAAUCAGCAACCAAACACAGCACCAAGAAAAGCUGCUAUAUCGAUGGCUAAGCAUCAAAACAUCAAGAAAACCAAGACAAGGUCAGGCAACACCUCGGAUUCCGGUAAGAAGAAAAGCGUGUAUGUUCCAAAGAUUGAUCUUAAAAUGCAACGGGAGACCAGAAGGGAAAUGCAUGAAGAGCCAAGGGUUAUUGUUUUUGGUCCCAUGGAGGCAGAUAAGUUUAUGUAUAAACCAAUCUAUGUUGGAUGGCUCCUCCAUUUUUUUUGGUGGGUCCUUGGGACUAAUAACUUUAUAAGUAUAUCAUGAACCGCGCUUUUACACGGUUUCAUGUUGCGACA